AUGCAGAGCGUCCAGAACGUCAAUCCCAAAAUCAUCAGUGCCGCCGACUUGCCAAAACGCCAAUCUCCACACAAGGCAACGUCGCCGUCUGGAAAAGAUGACCUGUUUGACGGGACGAUUUUUGCGAGCAGCAAUUUUGUUACGCCACCUUGGAAGGAUGACCCGUUUGGCACUUAUCUCGAGGAGUGGGAGAGUGAAACAAAUAGCAUAGAGACUGACGACGACAUUGAAGAGCCGAUUGAUGAGCAGGAGAUAUACGAUUUAAUAUCUACCAUCAUGGACCCUGAACAUCCCAUAUCCCUUGGCGAACUUGCUGUUGUAUCGCUUCCGGACAUCUCCAUCACCCCGGCCUUGCCCCAGAACCCUUCCUCGCCUCUUCGCAAGGUCACUGUGUUAGUCACGCCAACCAUCACCCAUUGCAGUCUUGCCACUGUGAUUGGGCUGGGUGUUCGGGUCCGACUGGAACAGAGCUUGCCACCACGAUUUAGGAUUGAAGUAAAAAUCAAAGAGGGAACGCAUAGCACGGGCGAGGAAACAAAUAAGCAGCUAGCAGAUAAAGAGAGGGUUGCGGCUGCGGCGGAAAACACCGCGCUCAUGAGCUUGAUUGACAAAAUGUUGGAGUUAUGCAAAUAA